ACCAUCCAUUCCAUCCAUCCAACGGCUCCCAAAGGUCGGCUAGUAGUUACCUCCCGCCUCCCACACAGUUUCAUCAUAAACCCUAGAACGUACUACGUAUCCCUCCCUCCGCAGCUUUCUCUUCUUCUUCCACAAGAAAGAGUCGAAAGCUUCGAUAUCCGAUUUUCUAGACAAUUAAAUCUCACUUUUAUGUUAGAUCCAUAGUCUGAACCUCUGGAUUCUCGUUUUGUUCGAUCUAAAGUCUGAUUUUUAGGCUUCGAUUCGAUUAUGUUCUCAGGUACGCUCUCUUGUAUACGAUGCGUUACUGAAUGAUUUUUUUAAUUAUGAAUCAGGCCUUUUUAUGGUUGAUUCGUUGGAGAUUCUGUGAUUCGAUGUUGUUAAACUGUGGAACUUUGUAGAGUGAGUGAGAAAUCUGAGUUGAAGUGAGUGAGUGGUGUGGUUGGGUUGGGACGAGUCUGGAGAGCUGUGAUUCGAAGGGGAAAGAUUGAGUCCGGUGUUUUGCCUCAUCGGAACCACGCGCAGAUGCCUUCAGUUGGGAUGAGAAGGACGACGAGGGUUUUCGGGGCUAGGGUUUUGAGGUCGGGAAGGCGGUUGUGGACCGGUCCCGGUGAGGGAAAGCACACGAGAGUGGCGGCUGAAAGGAAAGCACACGAGAGUGGCGGCUGCCACUUGCGCGCAACUUCCAAUGGGGAGGAGUGGAUUGAGCUUCUCGAUAAUUCUCAGGACGGUGGCGGCGGUGGCGGUAGCCAUUGCAAGGAGAAUGGGUGGCGACUUGAUGAUGAUGUUGGUUUGAAGCAGCAAGAAUUUGCAGUAAUGGACAUUGAUGAAAAAAUAUCGGAGCCCGAAUCGGUGGGAAAUCGGAAUAGGAGUUUAGUUAAUCAGAAUAGUAGUGUAGAUAGGAUUUGGGGUUUUGUUUACCAGAGGAAAAGGAAGAGAAUAGAUUCAAAAAGUUCAGAUUUUGAAGGUAGUUCUGAGAACAAGAUUGCUUUGGAAGAUAGGAAGUAUGGGAAGCAGUUCGUACGGAAGCAACGGAGCAGGAAGAGAAUUGGGGAGAGGCAAGGUUUUGCUAGAAGUAGGGUUCUGAUUGCUGUUGUUGAACCUUCUUCUUGCAGUAUUGAUGAGUUUGCUUGCCUUUUGAGCUUGAUUUUGAGGUACAUGAAGAGGGCCAAGCUGAAAUUGUUACAGCUUUCUGCAUUUGUGCGCUCUGAACCUGUUGCUCAUGUUUUCUCAUCACAAGGAAUUCAUUUUUUACCGGAUUCUCUUUCCACCAAUCUUUCCACCAAAAGCUCUGGAAAUUGCAAAUUUUUUGGAGCCAGGUGUUUUAUCCCAUUGUUUACUGUGGAAUUUUCUGCAGUUCCAUUCUGCUUCAUGUAUUUGCAUUCAAGCUUGCUUCUUAGAUCUGCAUGCUUGUCUAAUGUUACCGUAACUUAUUCAAACGUGAUGGAUGAUAGAAUGACUGAAGUUGUGGAACACCUGCCAUGCAUCUCUUCUGAGAAAGAUACUCCUGGAUUUGGAACUUUAAUAUCUGGAAAUAAUAAUUAUGGGAUGGGGGACAUAUUUUACUCUGCUGUUGAAGCUCCCAAAUUAACUGGUAGAGCUGUUCAAUUUAGGAAUGGUGUUAAUGCUCACAAUAUCCGGAAGAGGAGGAGUUCUCUGAGGUCUAAGAGAAUGAUAAAUCCUUCUAUUUUCCGCCGGCGUAAAGUUAAUGGCCCUUUGGGUUCUAAUUUGGUUAGUUCUAGAAAAAAUGGUCAUCUGUUGGCUCCUGCUCCUUCUGAUCGUCAACUGAGGAGUUCUGUUCAGAAGUGUUCAACACCAAACAUCAAAGAACUGAAAUCUUCAUUGGUGGCAUUGACACAGGACAUUGAUUCAACUUGCUGCUCCGCAAACAUUUUGGUUGUUGAAUCGCACAAGUGUUACAGAAUACAAGGUGCAAUUGUUAAGCUGGAAAUUUCUGCUUCAAAACAGUGGUCUCUUGCAGUUAAGAAAGACGGGAUAACAAGACACAGCCUUACUGCACUAAAACUUAUGAGACCCUGUAGUUGCAAUCGUGUUACUAAUGACAUUAUAUGGACAGAAGAUAAUAAUAAUUGGAAGCUAGAGUUUCCUGAUAGGCGAGACUGGUUGAUUUUUAAGGAACUUUAUAAGGAAUGUUCUAAUCGCAAUGUGCAGGUCCCAAGUGGUAAUAUCAUCCCUGUUCCUGGGGUAUAUGAAGUAUCAGGUUAUGCUGAUAGCAGCAAUGUAGACUUUAGGCGACCAAUUUCAUACAUUAGUGUGAAAGAUGAUGAGUUGUCAAGAGCAUUGGCAAAGAGGACAGCAAAUUAUGACAUGGACUCUGACGAUGAGGAGUGGCUCAGAACAUUAAACAAUGAGUCUUUUGCAGCAGGGAAUGAGCAGUGGGAGCACAUAUCAGAGGAGAUUUUUGAGUUAAUAAUUGAUGCUUUUGAGAAAGCUUUCUAUUGCAGUCCAGAUGAUUACUCUGAUGAGAAAGCAGCAGUGGAUCUUUGUUUGGAUCUAGAGAGAAAGGAGGUUGUUGAAGCUGUGUAUAAUUAUUGGUUGAAAAAACGGAAGCAGAAACGUUCAGCACUGAUUAGGGUUUUCCAGUGUUUUCAGCCAAGGAAAGCUGAACUGCUCCCGAAGCCCAUUUUUCGUAAGAAAAGGUCAUUCAAACGACAGGCAAGCAAUUCUGGGAGAGGCAAGCAGCGAACGCUCUUGCAAGCCAUGGCAACAGAACAAGAUGUUUUGGAAGAACAGAAUGCCUUGCUUAGAGUCCAAGAAGCUAAAGCUGCAGCAAGUAGAUCAGGCAGUUCAGCUGCUGUGAAGCGUCAAAGAGCACAGCUUCUCAUGGAGAAUGCUGACCUGGCAACUUACAAAGCUGCAAUGGCGCUUAGAAUUGCUGAAGCAGCUCGAAUUGCAGAAUCGGCAGAUGCUGCUGCCUCUCUUUUUCUUGAGUAAGCUUCUUAGGAAUUUCUGAUGCUAACUCAAAUGGCCAAUUUUUAAUUAACGAGGGAGUACAGCCCAGUGGCUGUGUUUUUAAGCCCUUUGGAGGUCAGCUUAUUGAAGAAAGUACUGUAAUUUUGUAUAGAUUCAGAUUGGAUGUACAUUAUGUAUUAUUAGUUGUACCUCUCACCCAAAUUUGUAAAAGCGCAUUUUGUUGAUUUAUUUAGUAGAUAAAGGGAGGAAAAAAGAAGAAAAGAAAAGAAAGAUACAGCAAAUUUGGAACUUAAAUUGGCAUGCUUUUGGAAUCAAUGCUUCAGCUGAAUUUGUGCUACAUAGCUGGAAUGUUUGCAAACCAGAUGCCUUUCUAUCUGGUGUUGGUGUUUUUGAUAGUCUCA